AAUUGAGCCUUUCAUUUAUAAAGUUGUUUUAUUACAUAACUGUCUCAGCCUUUUAAUCCAUCUCCUUCAAGGCUGUUUAAUUUAAAUUUAAUAGCAUUGUUUGACAAUGAUUCCGGUAAUUCUAUGUGUUAUGUUGAUCAGUUUUGCCAUUAUUUUGAUUUGGCAGGGAAUCGGUUCCAAGAAGAAGAAAUUUCCUCCUGGCCCGAUUAAAUUGCCAAUAUUAGGAAAUGGCGCCUUGGUCAAAAAAUACAGCCACACUUAUGGCGGCUUGCAUAACGCAUUUCAUAAAAUGUGCGAAAUGUACAACACAGAUAUUCUUGGACUUAAACUUGGGAAGGAUUACGUAGUGGUCGUACAGAGCGAGAGCCUGAUAGAAGAAGUCUUCUCAAGGGAACAGUUUCAAGCUCGUCCUGAUACGUUUUUUAUUCGUCUUAGGUCUAUGGGAACGAGAAAAGGGAUAACAAUGACUGACGGAGCAUUAUGGUGUGAGCAAAGAGCUUUUGCUGUGAGACACAUGCACAAUUUAGGUCUUGGCAAAUCACAAAUGGAAUUUCUCAUUAAUGAAGAAAUGCAGAUACUUUUUAGCUUUUUAAAAAAUGGUUUGAAUGUAAACUUGAAAAAUUGUAUAUCGAAAUGUGUGCUGAACGUACUUUGGGCGAUGGUGACCGGUUCAAGAUUUUUAAACGAAGACACUUUGGAAUCUCUCAUUUCGUUCAUGGGUCAAAGGGCAAAAGCUUUCGACAUGGCUGGCGGGGUGCUUUGUCAGUUCCCAUGGAUCCGAUACAUCGCACCUGAAUGGUCUGGAUACAACUUGAUAAAAAAGCUCAAUAAACAGUUCAAAACAAUGAUUUUAGAUAUAAUCGAUAAGCAUAAAAGGACUUACGAUAAAGAAGUCACUCGUGACUUUAUUGACGCUUUUCUUCAUGAAAUGUACAAUAAUGAGAACACCGACACAUCAUUCACAGACGACCAACUAAUAAUGGUAUGUUUGGAUUUUUUCAUUGCCGGUUCUCAAACGACGAGCUCGACACUGGAUUUUGCACUAUUGCAGAUGAUUGUAUUUCCUCACAUACAGCAGAAAGUUCACGAUGAGAUUGACCUCGUAUUAGAAAAAAGGAAUCCUGUUUUAUUCAGCGAUAAAUCAAAAUUACCAUAUGUUGAAGCGGUUCUUUUGGAAUCUCAAAGGUUCUCUCACAUCAUACCUAUUAUUGGCCCAAGACGUGUAUUGUCCACAACAACUCUUGGUGGAUACAGCAUUCCAAAGGACACUACUAUAUUACUUAAUUUGGUUCCGAUGUUGAAAGACCCAAAAAAUUGGAAAGACCCGAAUAAUUUCACCCCGGAGAGAUUUUUGAAUGAUGAUAAUCAAGUGAUCCAUGACAAGUUCACGUACGCUUUUGGAAAAGGCAAAAGAAGAUGCCCUGGUGAGCCUUUGGCAAAGAGUUUUAUCUUUAUGUUUUUCACAAAUUUUCUCAAGCAAUACAAAAUCGAGUGUGUUGACAAAUCCAAUCCACCGACACUCGAUUACAUCCCAGGUCUUACGCUAUCUCCCCUUCCUUAUGAAAUGAAAAUCAUCAAAAGAUGAACACAAAUAAAAAUAAUAAAUUUAGUAUAAGAAAAUUAAAUCCCUUUUAUAUUCAAUUAUUUAUUUUUAAUCAUUAAAUUAUAGUUUGAAUUUAUUUCAUUUAUCAAAUUAUAAUUAAAGAAGUCCUUGCCUUGCCUAGAAAUGAAUAGGAUUUAUAUUUAUAUAACAAUAUAUACAACAAAACAAAAAAAAAUUAAAACACUUUAUUGUAUUAACAUUACAACAAAUAUAUAAAUCAAUAUAAACACAAUUGUAUCACAAUAUUUAUAAAAAUAAAAAAAUAGUUUCAACGUCUAGACACAAACAUGCAUUGAAAAGGUCUGGGACAGAUUGUUGCACCAUCGAGCCCUUUGAUGGUCGGCACUGGCUCGCCCGGGACAGGAGUCACGGUGAAAUGGUACAGAAUUGA